AUGAUAUUAGUACCAUCGUUAAUUACUGCUACAACUUUUCUUGUUGUACAUCGAUUUAUCAUUAAUUUUACUGAUUUGCCAUAUUCUAAUGAGCUGCAUUAUCCAUAUGCUAAGCAAUUUAUUCGUACCAGCCGACAAAUCGCGGAUACUCUUCAGGCUGUUUUAGCAGCAUUACCUGGCCAACGCAAUAUUUCAAUUAUUAGUUACAGGUAUCAGCAAGGAAUUGGUACUUUGGUGACAGUCGAGAUAAGAUCACGGCAAGCUCAACCAAAAUUGAGAAAAACUAUCGAAAAGGCAAUACGAAAAGGAAAAAUCGGAGAAUAUGCCGUUGGUUUCAAUGGUUUCCAAUAUUAUACAUUGAAGGGUCAAUAA